AUGGCCCCAGGUGUUGGACGUGACUUCAAUUGUUCCUGGGAGCACUGUGGAAAGUCGUUCAACCGUAAAUCCGAUCUCUGCAGACACUACCGGAUACAUACCAAUGAGCGACCUUAUCAUUGUACCGUCAAGGACUGCAACAAAAGUUUCAUUCAGCGCAGCGCGUUGACUGUACACUCAAGGACACACACUGGCGAGAAGCCUCAUGUCUGUGAUCAUGAAGGCUGCCACAAGGCCUUCUCCGAUUCAUCAAGUUUAGCCCGCCAUCGGCGGAUUCACACUGGCAAGCGACCUUACAUCUGCCAGGAACCAACAUGCGAAAGAAGCUUCUGCCGUAAGACCACUUUAACCAAGCAUCAACACCGUUCCCACCCGCCAGGAACAAUGACCAGACCGCCGUCUGAGGAUGCGAUGUCGGAGCAAUCCUACCAGGCCCCAGUCGCCGCUCCAAUUCCAAACGACCAGUAUCUUCUUGCUCAGCAACAGUAUUACCAUCAGCCGUCGACGCCAAGUCAGGACUUUUAUCCACAACAAAGUCUGCCUGUGACUCAUAUCCCAGUACACGAUACGCCGCCAAUGAUGACCCAGAGUGUCCCUGUCACGUCACCGCUUGAUGUACAGCACGCGCAACAGCAGUACAUGCAGCAGCUUAUGCAGCAGCGGUACGAUACAACCAACCAGAGCUAUAUACCACCCGGGUUCCAGCAGCAGCAGCCGCAGCAAACAUUUGUUGCGCAGCCUAUGGCUGAAGGGCACCCUCUCAUGAUUUCAUAUAAUCAGAAUUUUCACUAUAAACAACCGACACGAAUCCUGAAUCAACCUGAAGGAACAGAUUGGGGUUUCCUCGGAGUAGGUUGA